UGUGGAUAUGAAGAGAAACCUGCAGCAUCUUGUAUAAAUGAGCUGGAAACUGCAUUAUCUACGUACAAAUCGAUUUCUGCUGAUGCUCCUGGCCAAAUAAUUUGGUCUGUGGCUGAAAAUUAUCGUUUUGAACCCGCCUUAAUUGAGGGCAAGAAGCUAAUUGCUGACAUUGGCAAAAUGAUGAGUGUCCAAGUUAUUGUAGAAGGAUCAAUGAACAAUUCAAACCCAUACUUUUCAAGUUCUUGGAGACGCAGUUUUACUAUCUUAUGGCGAGUUGUUGGCACGAAUGGAACCCUUCAAAUCGAGCGAGGAUUCCAAGGACAACACGGAUACCUGGUUUCAUUAUAUGAUGCUAAUGGACAAUGCAAAAGCUCAUUUUUCCCAUUCAGUGGAGUAACUGAAGAAUUAAAAGCUUUUUUUAAUGAUGUUUCUGAAAACACCCUCAAGAAGGGUAGUCAGUUUGUACCCGAGCACCACCUCUCUUUUGUCGAGGGUGCGAGAGACGUUGCUCUUUUAGAGGCAAUGCUUAAAUCUGGAUCAAGGCAGGGCAAGCAAGUUCAAGUGAAAAAGUUUUGAGGAAUAUACUAAGUGU